AUAGAAGCGGGUGAAGACGCCGCCGCCGUUGUGCAGACAUACGCUUGAGACCUGCAGACAAACAAGCGCUUGCUAAUACUCAGCGAUAAAAUACGUGGCGAGUAAACAUUCCAAAUUCAUCUUAACAUGUUGCUUAGCUGUGUGUGAAUUCCUGAAAAUACACAGAAAGAAGAUGGAUCUCGUUGUUGUUGCCGAAACAAGAUGCUAAAAAACUGGGGUGUCAUCGGUGGUAUCGCUGCUGCCAUCGUGGCCGGUGUGUACGUUUUGUGGGGCCCGAUCACAGAGCGAAAGAAGAGAAAGAGAGGUAUGGUUCCCGGUCUGCUGAACCUCGGCAACACUUGCUUCCUGAACUCUUUGCUUCAGGGUUUGGCUUCGUGUCCGUCCUUUAUCCGAUGGCUGGAGAAGUUUUCAAGUUCACCUGCAAUCCAGUCGUGUAAAGAAAACAAACUGUCCACGACACUGCUCCAGCUUCUCAAAGCUCUGUCCAGUAACGAGCCUGGGGAUGAAGAUGUGCUGGAUGCUGGAUGCUUGCUGGAUGUUCUCAGGCUCUACCGGUGGCACAUCAGUUCAUUUGAAGAGCAGGAUGCUCACGAACUCUUUCAUGUACUAACGUCAUCACUUGAGGAUGAAAGGGACCGCCGGCCUAAAGUCCCCCACUUCUUUGACAUGCAGUCUCUUGAGGUGUUAGGUGGUGGUCGGAGGGGCCGUAGGCGCAAAUUGGCAGCCACGCUUCCGUCAGUCUACCCCAGGGCAGCUGUGGCUACGAAAGUAGAUUACCACCACCAGAAUCUUCCCGAACAGAAUGAAAGAAAUAGGACUUGCAGAAGUCGAGCUCCUCUUCACCCGAUACCAAGCUCAUGGAAGUUUUCGCAUCCCUUUCAUGGCCGUUUAACAAGCAUCAUGUUGUGUAAGCGGUGUGAGCAUCAAAGUCCAGUACGAUAUGAUUCCUUUGAAAGCCUUUCACUGUCCAUCCCUUUACCUCAGUGGGGUCGACGCAUCUCUCUGGAUCAGUGUCUACAGCAUUUCAUCUCCUCAGAAACCAUCAAGGAAGUAGAGUGUGAAAACUGCACCAAGCUUCAACAUGGAACAAUGUUCAGUGGACAGGUUGCAGAGAGUCAGCGGACCACAUUUGUAAAGCAGCUUAAAUUGGGAAAGCUACCCCAGUGCCUCUGUGUCCAUCUGCAAAGACUCACAUGGUCCGGCGAAGGAACCCCCAUUAAAAGACAAGAGCAUGUACAGUUUUCAGAGUAUCUUUCAAUGGACUGCUACAAACACAGCGCCUCCACACUGAUAACGAAGCAGAGCAAACAUCUGGCCAAGAACCAAAAAUCAGAACAAUCAGAAAAGGUUACGGGAAAGCCUUCUGCUAAUGGCACUGAUGAAGAGCAUCAUAACAACAAUCAACCCUAUACAAAUGGAGACUGUCCAUCUGUUUAUCUACACUCUACUAGUGGGACAAGUCCGCUGGGCCUCGUGUUUGACUUUCGUUCCACAGAGUAUCUCUUCCAGCUCAGCGCCGUGCUGGUUCACCAUGGUGACAUGCACUCAGGACAUUUUGUAACGUACCGCCGCAGCCCCUCGCCGCCGCGCAGUUCCUCGCCGCCGCGCAGUUCCUCACCCUACAUCUCUCAGUGGCUCUGGGUGUCCGACGACUCCGUCCGCAAAGCCAGCUUCCACGAGGUGCUGUCUUCUAACGCUUACAUGCUCUUCUAUGAAAGGGUCCGUAAGCAGACCGCCGCCGCCGCCUUGCAUCCAAAGGAGUGAGUACGCUCAUACUGCCUUUCUAGUCACAUUGUCACGAAUGAACACGCCCAUUACUACUGAUGGUGCAUUGACACCAGAAAGUGUGAAGUCAUUUUGACUGAAUGGAUCAUAGCAACCCCUGGAGGUUGCUGCUCUAAUCCAGAACAAUCCCAAAGAAUGAGGCCUAGUAGGAGUUUUAGGACAAAGUUCCUGGAUAACAUGCCUUCAGUAGGUUGUUCAUGUGUGAUGCAUUUACUCUUGACAUUGCCAGGGAGAUGGCACCAAUUUAUUUACAGCAAUCUAUGUAGACAUAUUUUAGAAAUGAUGCAUAAUACAUCUACCGGUAAUCACCUCUUUAAAUAUUAGAAUACAGGAUUACUUUUAAGGUGUGCAUAUUGUAGCUACCAUUUUGUCAGGUUCCUAUUAACCUAUGAAGCCCUACGUGCUAAUGAAAAAGUGGCAAUUGUUUUUUAUGCCAACAUGGAAAUUGAAUGGCUCGCUUGGUGUCACGAUUACGUCACGAGAGGUGGCCUGGCUGCGUUUACUAGUAACUGCCAUUUCCCUCUUACCCAAAACCAGCUGAGAGGAAAGGAGGAGGUGGCGCAAAAGCCUGUUAAUGUUUGCACUUUGAUAGAGUAUAUUGAUGUGGUGUCAUGUUUGUGUUGCAAUCUCUAAAGUGACCAGUUUCAGAUAUUAAAAAAGUCAAUGCAGCUGGGAUAGGCUCCAGCACCCCCCGCGACCCGAGAGGGACAAGCGGUAGGGAAUGGAUGGAUGUUUUAUUCAUUUUUUUGGCAAACAGACGAAAUUGAGAGGAAUGGGGUCAUCUGUCUAGGGAUGGGUACCUUUCAUAUUUGAAUCGAUAUGGAACAAAUUUUCAGUAAUUUUGUGUGUUCAAAUGUGUUAAUAAAUGUUCAAUAAAAAAAAUAUUUUUUUAUUCAGCAUUUAACACUGAGCUGUGCUGUCUGUCUCAUUUGCAUGUACUAUUACAGCGGCCUCAUCACAUCGCAAAUUUUAUUUGGACUUUUUUUUAUUUUUUGAAAGCGUAUUUAAAAAUGUGUUCAUUUCCAAGCAUUAAAAAUGACUAAAUAAAGUAGAAAUAUCAAUACUACAAAAGAAUAGGCUACGAGGUAAGAGCAAACCAAUCAGAGC